AUGACGGAGGACGCCGAGGGAUGUGUUGCUGUGGCGGUGGCCGAGGCGGCGGGCAUCAUCUGCUCGCUCCGCGCGGCCGACCUCGCCGGGUGGACGCCGCCCUGGAAGGCCAGCGGGCCGCCGUCGUCCGAAGCCGCGGCGAAGGAGGAGACGGCCUGGCCGGCGGUUGCGCGGGGGAAGCGGACGCGGUCGUCGCGCUCUGGCUCCGCGGCCAACAAGAACAAGGGGCGAUGGGCCCGCGGCAGCCCCGCGUCUCCGCUCGACUACAGCGGCGGCUCCGGCUCCGGCGCGUCCACCAGCGGCGGCGAGGACGGCGCCUUCUGCUCGCCGCCGGCGACGGUCGCCCUCGCCCGCGGGCACGCCGUGGUCACACCCACCGCCGCCCCAGCUUCUUCCUCCCUGGCCAAGGUUGGCUCUGCGGGAGGAGCACGGCGCCCAUUGAUCCUGCCGGUGCCGCCGCUGCCCCGCAUCGCCGGCCAGAGGUCGGGGAAGAAGAUGGAACAGGAGAUGGAGUCGCUGCAGAGGGCCUGCAUGGCGCUGUCAAAGGAGAACGGCAGGCUAGAGACAAGGCUUGAGCAUUCGUCCUCGGGCAAGCGGAAGAGGAUCGGCUCCCAACAGGAGGAGCGGCGACAAAUGAAGCCGCAGCAAGCCGGUGGCGGCUUCGCGCUCCCGGACCUCAACUUUCCGGCGCAGGAUGUCGUCGCCGACGCACCGGCGGCGGCUCCGUGA